CUACGGCUUACUAAUCCUAUUAUCCUUUGCUUUUCUCAAUCACUCGGGCCUACGAUACCAUCUUGUUCAUACUUUGUCUGUCCAUACUCACUGAUACUCACCGAACGUCCUCUCUUUCUGCUUCUAGUGGCCGAUCCUGGUACUCCAUACUCCAUUAACAUCCAAGAUCUCUUUGUUCUCUCGCAAUUUUAUUCAUCUAUUUAUCCUAUUCACAAUGGCUGGCUACUUCUCCAACCAUUCGCAAUUCCAGACUCGCUUUGCAAACGCAGCAUCUAACACCACCACAACUACAGCUACUACCACACCUGCCAUCCCAGCAGAGACGCGUCCGCGACCCCCUACAAGCAGGCAUUUCUCCACUUCCGUCGCACACCCGCCACACGAGGAGCGCGACCGGGGUGUCGAUGUUCCUGCACCGCUGGCCGUCCACCCUCUCCGGAAUACGUGGGUCUUCUGGUUCCGACAACAGCGCGCUCCGGGAAAUAAAAUCACCAAUUACGAAGAAGGCAUCAAAAAGAUUGCUUCUUUUUCCAGCGUUGAAUCUUUUUGGGGCCUUCAAACGCACCUUUCACGCCCCUCUGCACUCCUGCCCACUACGGACUACCUUCUGUUCCAUGCAGGUGUUCGCAGGCCCGUGUGGGAAGACCCCCUGAAUCGUACUGGUGGAAAGUGGAUCAUACGAUUGCGCAAGGGAGUAGCAGACAGGGUAUGGGAGGACCUUGUUAUGGGUGUCGUUGGUGACAUGUUUGAUGAAUGUGGCACACAGGGGGAAGGGGAAGAAGGGGGGUGGCCAGAAAUUUGUGGUUGCACCAUCAGCGUGCGUCAGAGUGAGGAUAUUGUGAGCUUGUGGAAUCGCGUCGAUGGGGAUGCCAAAGUGCGGGAGAAGAUUCGGGACACCUUGCGCGCUGUGCUCAACCUUCCUCCAUCGACCAUCAUGGAGUAUAAAUCUAAUAACGCUCAUUUUAAUGAUGCAACCACAGACUCCAUGCAAGACAAAUCCUCAUUCCGCAAUUCCGCGAUUGAGAGGAUGCCCAGCAUUGCUGACGCAUCGUGA